AUGCAGUUCACUGCUGUCUUGCAGACCCCUUGGCUGGACUAUCGGUGUAACCCAGGAUAUAAGGCAGCACCUGGAAAGUCCUCUACUGUCAUUUGUCAGAGUAAUGAAACCUGGUCUGCUGCAGACCCAGACUUCUGUGUCCGACAGCAAUGCUCUCCUCCUGAAGUAAAGAACGGGAAUGUGGCUGGAAACGAAACAACUUUCCCCUUUGAAACAGUUGUGAAGUUCACCUGCAAUUCUGGGUAUAAGGUAAUAAACCCUUCUGCCAAAUGUGUGGCAUCAGGAAAUGAAGUUCGCUGGGAUCCAGCACCUCCCUACUGCUCAAGAGCGAACAUGAUCGUUGUUGGAAUCUUCCCCCUCCUCCUGGCAAUGCUGAUCAUGAACAUCUAAGUUCGGGAAGGGGCGCAGUGAGAAGGCACCUGUAGAUGUGUUGGACUCAAUCAGACUGAUCCCAGUGCUCUGCUUUUCCCUCCUGUGAAACUGGCCCUGGAGCAGCAACCAACAGCCCUUGGCUGGCAAAGCCCAGAUGUUCCAGCUGCUGCCUGGGAAGAACUCACACUCCUGGCUGCAGCUGCAGCACGUUGUGUUGGACACAGCAGCUCGUGGGGCUGGAAUGGAGUGGGAAGCUCUCUGCCACCUGGCUGGAAUGCUGUCCAGAAAUCAAGGGCAGUUAUCCCUGUGUUAAGUCACAAAGAUGCCAAAGACCUUCAGGUUGUAAUAGAGGAAGCUCAAGAAAAUCCUGGGCUUUGGGUAACUCUGCACAUUGGGUUCCUCAGCCCCUCUAAGGUCAUGUUGUGCCUGGUCCUGAUCAGGACUUACGGGUUUCUGAAGUGUCCUGAGGUGGAAAAUGCUGCCCCUGCUGAGAGGGUUAAAGUGAAUGUCUUCAUGUGAGUGAUACCCCCUUAAACAACUUGCUUGAAACAAAUGGGAUGUAUAAAUUGGGCAUUCUCUGCGAGCACUGACAGCACUGAAAAUCACAGAAUUGUUAAGGUUGGAAAAGACCUCCAAGAUCAUCAAGUCCAACCUUUGAUGAAACACCACCAUAUCAACUGAACUAAUUGGCAAAGUUGAGUCACUUCUUGAGGUAUUCACAUUCUUCUUCAUAUAAAGCACAGUUGCAGCUGUUACUUUGAGUAUGAACUGUUGUGCAACAGCAGGAAUUUUACCUGAGAGAAAAAGUUUCAGUGCUUUUAUAGCAAAGAACAGCUAUUCUGACCCUUCCUGUAGGAACUAAAGUUAAUUUUAAGCUGCAGCUGAAGGUCUCUGCA